AAGGCCAUGUCUGCCGCUGCACACCCCUGCUGCGUUUUUACCACAAAAAUGUCGAAACAUACAACCCAGUAGCAAAAAAGCACGAAAAAAAAACGGUUUUACAAGACCAUUUGCGGGAUAUACUUUCUUCAAGAAAUCUUCCCCACUUGUUCCCUCGCGUCCAUGGCCUUGCUCCAGCCUACUCUUCUCACUCCUCCCCCGCUCUGCUGCUGCUCGCAUGGCCUCCUCUACCCAGGGUUCCUGAAACUGCCUCCCAAAUUCUCAAAUGGGGCCUGCUGUUCCACGGCGAGGGCGUCGGACCGGAGCGAGCUGGCGGGUAAAAGCGGGGGCUUGGCUUGGAGAGCGGCGGGGAGAAAGGGGCGGCUGCUUGGCGUCACCGGAGCUGGGCGAGGCCCCUUCUUUGGCGGCGGCGGGAGGCGUAUGGACAAGGGCACUAGCCGGGUCGUGGGGAACCUCGCCUUCGCCGCCGUCGUGACGUACCUCGCCGUGACCGGCCAGCUCCGGUGGGUUAUUGACGCCAUCGUCUCUCUCUGGCUCCUCACAAUACUGCUGCCUGUACUGGCUCUCGGUGCAUUUUUCUUCUUUGCAGGACAAGAUAUACUGCAGGGCGAUUGUCCGAACUGUGGAAAAAGCUUCCAGAUACUGAAGUCAGCUUUGAAGGAUGGCCCACAACUCUGUCCCUAUUGCACUCAACCUUUCUCCGUUCAAGGCAACAAAUUUGUUAGAGAAUCUGCUAGAUUUUCAUCUGGGAGGGCUGCUACUGCUACAAAUGGUCCAGUGUUCAAUGAGUUCUUCAACCGCAACAUGAGAGGAGGAAACGCGGCGCCUUCUGAGACGAUCGUGGAUGUGGAGGCUGAAGUCAAGGACGUGGAGUGAUGUUUCUUCUCAGCAGAAGAAGAGCACGAUUUGCUUCUGAAUCUGUGAGAAAUGGGGAGAAAACUGAAACUGUGAGAGACUAGGCAAACGUGCAUAUAGAUAGAUGGGUAUCGGGGAUGGGUAGUUGUGUAGUGCCCGCGCGCAUGAGAAACUGGACAAGGCCCCUGUUUGUUUCAGCUUCUGGCAGCUUCUGGCCACCAAAAGCUGCUGCGGACUGUCAAACGCUCAGCUUUUCAGC